GUAGUAGCUACACCCUCUGAGUUUAAAAAGAGUCAAACAACUAUCUCUUCACAGUCUACUAUAUACCUUACAAAACAAAACCACCGAUCCUUUUAUUACAGAUAUGGAGCCCAAACUGCUUGUGUUGGUUGUGUUUAUCUGGGCUGGAUGUCACGUAACUGAAGCUCAACUGUUUGUGCCAACAACUCUUGGUACAACCAUCACUAACACAACAUGUGGAAGCUCUAAACUGUGUGUGUUUAGUGUGAGUAAUUGCAAUCCUUCAGGAAACUCCAGCUGCUUUUUCAGUUCCUUUCAAGUAAACAACCAAACAGCGACUAUUGAACUCACUGGUACAACAUCUGGAUAUGUCGCACUGGCACUCACUGCUAGUAACCAAUCACAGGGAGGUGCUGUUGUGUUCAUCUGUGGCAACAAUAACACCAACACGGCUAACAACACUGUAUUUUUCCAAGCUGCUACCCUAAAUGGCACGAAUAUUACUCCUGCUAAUGUGUCCACUGUAAACAGUGUUCAAGGUGCUUUACAACAAAACCAGAGUCUUAUUCAGUGUACCUUUAACAUCACCACCAAUCUCACCAUCAGCAAUGGCACUAAUUUCACCAUCAGUAACACCACAUCCGCUUUCAUCACCAUCCUGAAUGGAAGCACAAUUGGAACACAACUGGGAAAUGGAACUGUAGUAUUUAACUCCAGUACACCAAUAAACCUGACUAACAUCAGCAUGAUCAUCUCUAGCAGCUCAGCAAAUACCACCAACAACACAACAAAUACCACCAACAGCACAGUGAAUACCACCAACAGCACAGUGAAUACCACCAACAGCACAGUGAAUACCACCAACAACACAACAAAUACCACCAACAACACAACAAAUACCACCAACAACACAACAAAUACCACCAACAACACAACAAAUACCACCAACAACACAACAAAUACCACCAACACAGCGAAUACCACCAACAACACAACAAAUACCACCAACAACACAACAAAUACUACCAACACAGCGAAUACCACCAACACAGCAAAUAACACUAACAGCACAGUGAAUGCCACCAACAACAACACAGUGAAUGCCACCAACAACAGCACAGUGAAUACCACCAACAGCACAAAUGUUCAACAGGUAAGUUUAUAA